UGUGGGUUUCCGUUGGGCGCCAUUUUGAUUAAAGUAAGCCGAGAGUGGAUUGUAGACGGUACUGUUAGAUAUUUUUUUCAAUUUAAACAAAUUUAUAUCUGAGUCAACUGACUUUUGACGGAUUCUAAGCCAUUUGAGUACACCGAAAAUGGCCACGGGCGCUAAUGCAACUCCUUUAGGGAAGUUGCACCCCAGCAUUGGCGCUAAACGAGGAUUUGACGCCGGGCCUGGUGCAGGGAACGGGUUGAUGCCAACGCCGGGGCCGCCUGCAUCCUUUCCCUCUCUACAAGGUUUCCAGCCCCCGAUGCCAAAUCCAUCUUUUCAGCAGCCACAUCAGUUCAACCCUGGACCUAGUUUUUCGACUCAGCCUCCACAACAACCAACUGCGGGGGGUGGACUGGCCAAGCAAGAUUUCUGUCAGAAGAAAUCAAGGAAGAAGAGUCGUUGGAGCAGCGAGACACCUGAUCAGAAGACAGUCAUACCAGGCAUGCCCACUGUCAUUCCCCCUGGACUGACCCGGGAUCAAGAGAGAGCAUAUAUAGUCCAACUGCAGAUUGAAGACCUGACUCGUAAACUGCGUACAGGAGACCUGGGAAUCCCUGUUAACCCUGAGGACAGGUCUCCCUCUCCUGAGCCCAUCUACAACAGCGAGGGUAAGAGGUUAAAUACCCGUGAAUAUCGCACACGAAAGAAGAUCGAGGAGGAGCGCCACUCCCUCAUCACUGAGAUGGUUGGACUCAACCCUGACUUCAAGCCUCCUGCCGACUAUAAACCUCCAGCCACCAGAGUAAACGACAAAGUUAUGAUCCCCCAAGAUGAAUACCCUGAAAUCAACUUUGUUGGUCUGCUCAUCGGUCCACGUGGUAAUACGCUGAAGAACAUUGAGAAGGAGUGCUGCGCCAAGAUCAUGAUCCGGGGUAAAGGUUCAGUGAAGGAGGGGAAGGUGGGCCGAAAGGACGGACAGAUGCUGCCAGGGGAAGAUGAGCCUCUGCAUGCACUGGUCACCGCCAACACAAUGGAGAACGUCAAGAAAGCUGUGGAGCAGAUUCGCAACAUUCUGAAGCAAGGCAUUGAGACACCUGAGGAUCAGAAUGACCUACGGAAGAUGCAGCUGAGAGAGCUGGCCAGACUCAAUGGCACACUGAGGGAAGACGACAACAGGAUUCUUCGUCCUUGGCAGAACUCUGAGCCACGCAGCAUCACCAACACCACUCUCUGUACCAAGUGUGGUGGAGCAGGCCACAUCUCCUCUGACUGCAAGUACACCAGCUCAUUCGCUGCCCACAGAGCAACAGGUGGCGAGCCUCCUCAGUCGGCUCAGGACAAGGCUCGUAUGGACAAAGAGUAUUUGUCCCUGAUGGCUGAGCUAGGAGAGGCUCCAGUUCCCGCAUCUGGUGGAGGACACACAAACACCCAGGCAGGAGCGCCUCGUGCCACAGGACCCAACAGUACCCAGCCACCACCGCAGACACGGCCUCCUUGGAUGAGCUCCGCUCCGACUGAGAACAGAAGCUUCCAUGGCAUGCAUGGAGGACCCGGUGGCCACGGGGGACCCCACAGCUUCCCUCCCCCCAUGCCCAACAUGGGAGGCCCCCCUAUGCCCCCCAACCCCAAUGGCCUGCCUCCCCCCUGGAUGCAGCCCCCUCCUCCUCCCAUGGGCCAGGGUCCAGGACCUCAUGGACACCCCAUGGGCCUGCUGCCACCUCCAAUGGGCAUGAUGCCACCUCCACCUCCUCCCCCCAGCAACCAGCCGCCUCCCCCCCCUUCUGGACCCCUGCCACCAUGGCAACAGCAGGCUCCACCUCCCCCUCCAACGAGCAGCAUGGCAACCAGUACGCCGCUACCCUGGCAACAGAAUACCACCACCACAUCCAGCCCUGGCACUGGCACCCUGCCUCCAUGGCAGCAGCCCCAGCAGCCUGCAGCUUCUGGAGCCCAGCCCCCACCACCAAUGGGCACCCCAUCCAUGGUGCCUCCUCCCCCAGGGGUCCAGCCCCCAUUGCCCCCAGGAGCCCCUCCUCCUCCCCCUCCACCACCUCCAGGCUCAACUGGCAUGAUGUACGCCCCGCCACCACCCCCGCCGCCCAUGGACCCUUCCAACUUUGUCACCAUGAUGGGGAUGGGGGUACCGGGCAUGCCCCCCUUUGGCAUGCCUCCAGCUCCCCCACCUCCUCCACCCCAGAAUUAACCCUGCCACAGAAGAAUCGUCCUCCCAUGAGAGCUCCACCCUGCAGCACAUUUUGGAUGUGUGCUCACAGAAAAAAUAUAACCAGUGCUUUAUUUUUUAUUGAUCCUUGAUAUUGUCAAGACAUCUCUGAAACGAUGAAAGGUUGUGUUAGUUCAGUUUGUAAAGUUGCGUAACUUUAGUAAAUGAGUUAUUUUUCCUGUUUUUAAAGUUUGUAUUAACACAAAAGUCUUUGUGUGUAUACAAACACUGUUGCUCUCGGGCUUAUGUCCUGCAUUGCUCUUGUAGUUUGUCACGUUACUUGUAUACCAAAUAAACUGCUCAAAUAGCCAGCUGGAAGUUUAAUUUUUGUCUCAUUGCUUCAAAAGUUCAAUUCAGAAGUUGACACUUAACUAUUAUUGGAUUUAAUAUAUUGAAGUUCAGCAUGCAUGAUCCAUUGUAAACACCUAACUCAAAUUUAUACUCCUGUCAUGUUCCCUAUGUUGGCUUUGAGUUGAAUAAGAUUAAUAUUUUUGUAAUAACAAGAUGUGAAGUGUAUCUUAGUUCUGUCAGAAAACCUUUUUGUAGUACUGUCUGUUUUCCAGAAAUUCCCAGGGUUUUAAUUGUCUUUUCUUUUAUUUGCCUGCGUCUCAGUUGUGACUUUGAGUUUGAUAAGGGAGAUCUGAUGCUGCCAUCUGCCAGCCUCUGAACCCCUGCACUACUUGAAUGCUGAGAAUCUGAUAUAUCCUUGUUUUUCUGCAUCUCUCUGCUCUGACAAGACGCUGUGUGCAGUGUUUGUGUUGCUUCUGCAAGGACAAAAAUAUGUUUUGUUCCUCGAGUUAUUAGAAAAGAAAAAUGUUAGUUUUACUCUGUUUCUGGAAUCAGUCUGUUGUGUUAUGGCACUAGCCUGAAUGAAAAGCUGUUGAAAUCUUGCUUGGUUUAGUAUUAAACUGAUCCAUUUCACCUUUU